GCGGCCGGGGCAGGAGGCAGCGGCGGAGCAGCGGCCGCGCUGUCCGCGCCCAUGGAGCCGCCGGCCCGGACCCGGACCCGGACCCGGACCCGGACCCGGGCGCUGGCGGCCGCCCUGUGCCUGGAGCCCGCGCAGCCCGAAUGCUAUACAGCCAAUGGGGCGGACUAUCGGGGCACGCAGAAUCAAACCUCUCUACAUGCAGGGAAGCCUUGUCUCUUUUGGAAUGAGACCUUCCAGCACCCUUACAAUACCCUGAAAUACCCCAAUGGAGAAGGAGGGCUUGGGGAGCACAAUUACUGCAGGAACCCUGAUGGAGAUGUCAGCCCAUGGUGCUACAUUGCAGAGCAUGAGGACGGAGUGUACUGGAAAUACUGCAAGAUUCCAUCCUACCAAAGUAAACACACCACAUAAUAACAUAG